AUGAAGAGGCUGCAGCUCCAACGAUGGAGUAGUUCGGUCCUUUCGCCGCGGGCCCGAACUGGUGGCCGCCUGCAGCAGCAUCUGUACUAUAAUUUGCGUCGCCAAUCGACCGUUCCAUCUGCUCCUCAGGCGGAGAAUGAGCCAUUGUUUGAGGAACAAUCGCUGAAUUCGUCAACUCACAUCCCCCAGUCCUCCCACUUCAAAUACCUCCUCCCUUCUCCGCCGGUCGAGGCCGCACGCGAGUCCGCAAAACUUGCCGCCCUUCAUGCACGCCUGUACCUCCCCUCCCGACUACCGCUCGAGACAUUAGCACGCUCUCUGGUCGAUUCUUCAGCCGAUCCGAAUCCUAAUUUCAACAAUGAAGCGCUGGCUUCGUUCGGCCAUGACCUCCUGAGCCACUACACCUCCGAACACCUUGUUUGUACAUAUCCUCGCCUCCCCUUAACCGUCAUCUUCGCAGCAAUGUAUGCGUAUGUCGGCCCCAAAACUUUGGCUGCAAUGGCAAAGGAAUGGGGUGUUGAGAUGGCUGCAGUGCCUGGUGGGGAGGUUGAUCCCGGUCUCUUGCAAUUCAAGAGAGUACUCCCAGGUACUGAUGUGACGGCGGAACCAGUUACUGGCACAGAGAGACCCAAUGAGCACCGGAAAUCAUGGAGAAAGUCAAUGACCUCCAGAGUUGUUUACGACAAUGAGUACGGAGAUCCUGUCGGGGCGUCUGGCGAGUCGGCCGCCCCGGAAUCACAGAUUACUCAGGGUGUUACUGCAGAACACGCCAACGCGACUUUUGUGCGUGCUGUGAUGGGCGCCAUCUAUCUUCAUGCCGGUAGGCCCGCUGCCAAGCGAUUUUUUGAGCAACAUUUCCUCUCUCGUCACCUCAACAUCUCGGACCUAUUCAACUUCUCCCAGCCGGCUCGUGACCUUUCCCGGCUGUGUGCGCGAGAGAACUUCGAGCCACCUGUCGCAAAGAUCAUCAGUGAAACUGGUCGCAAGAGCAGACACCCUGUCUUUGUCGUUGGUAUUUUCUCUGGUCAGGAUAAGCUGGGAGAGGGCGCUGGCGCCAGCCUGCUUGAGGCUCGAUCCAGGGCUGCCGUGGCUGCGCUCAAGGGCUGGUACCUAUACAGCCCAUUGAAUGUGCGUGUCCCUAGCUCCAUGGAAGAAGAGGGCGCUGCACCCUGGAAGCCAGUCCACGUGGACUUGGGUGAGGUGAUCGUGUAA